CAAGAUAUUUAAUUCAUUAAUCAAGAUUCUAACAUGUUCUUUUUCUCUUUCUCUCUUGUAAUCAUAUUUAUUCCUCGUUCUUUUCUCUCUAUUAUAAAAUAAUUCGCAGAGCUUUCAUACUGAAAAAAGCAAGAACCCAAUUCAAUUCACCAUGGAAGAUCACCAACCACUGUUUCUCUUUGGUGUUGAAGAUUGAUCUGCAUCUCAGAUUUGCAUAAGGAAUUGUUAGCUUAGACUGUCUUCACUGCUCGGAUCCUCCCUUCUGAGGGGCAGGUCUUACUUUGCUUUAUAUUAUUGUGUCGGGGGCAGGAAUACCAGGUUUGGCAAUGAAAAUGGAACGGAACACUUUGAGGGGUUAUAGUGCAUGUUUUGAAGAACUAUCUGUACUACUUACAAAUCUCUAUGUCUCUGAUCAUUAGAUUUUAGUUGGAUAUAGGUUUUGCUCAAACUAUCUUUUUCCUAUCUGGUUCUGGAUAUCAUUUCUGAUUGAAUGGUUCCUGCUAAAAAUUUCCAUGCCCUAAUAUAUAAUUUAAUCAACAUAAUUUGUUUUCCCUUCCAUUGUCCCACCUUUUUGCUUAUCUUCUCCAUUUCUACCUUCAUAAUAACUUUUAGUACUUGGUAUUGGAGAACUAGAAAUCAAAUGAUCAUCAUGGCUGCUCGAAAUAAGAAUCACAAAACCCUUGUCAACCUUCUCUCAGAGAAUCCUCGUAAUUCUUCCAAAAGAGUUCAACACUUCUCCCGCAAAAGAACCAGCAUCUCUAAUUUUUGGAGCGCGGGUUUGAGAAGAGCUAGAAUAUCGAUUCCGGAGAGCACUAGUGACUGGUCUAAACUUCCAGAAGAUUUACUCCGUUUGUUAGUGGAUAGGUUAGUCGUAGAGGAGGAUUUUAUUGCACUUAGAUCAGUCUGCAAAUACUGGCGCUCGGCUAUCCCCAAAGACUACUGGAAACGUGUUCCAUGGCUGUUGGCCAAAAAAUACGAGAGCUCUAAAGUAGUUUUGAAAGGCUUGAACAGCUUAAGUCGGAAUAUAGAUAGUUUGAGCUCACUGUUCCAGACAGAAUUGUCAUGGCGUUAUUGGGGAUCUUUCACUGGUUGGAUCCUCAGCCAAAAUCAGCUUGAUUAUCGUCUGCAAUUAGUAAACCCUCUUACAAACGUUGUCAUAGAGCUGCCGCGUCUUGGUCAUCCAAUAAGCAAGGGUAUGGUAUUUUAUAGCCCUAGUUCAGAUUCUCUUCAGCCUGGUGUAGGAAUCAUGGCAAUCUCUCAUAGAUACUGUGGCAUUGCUAUGCUAAAUGCUGAACUCAAACAGUGGACUUAUCUGUCAGACAACAAACACAAAAGUGACUUUGUGGACGUGGUUUGGUAUAAAAAUCACAUUGUUGCGAUACGAUCUAGUGGGACUAUUGUGGUUUUUGAUGAAGCUGGAGUAGCUGCUUCGCUAACUCCACCACUUGAUAAAGUUGGGGAUCAUAAUGCUCUUUAUUUGAUUGAAUCAUCGGGAGACUUGAUAAUACUAGUACAGCGUCAUGUGAUAUUAUAUGGUCGACAUUUUGAGGUUUACAAGCUCAAUCUUGACACAGGAGGCUGGAUAGAGGUUACUGGCUUGGGUAGGCACUCUGUGUUUGUUGGCGAAAGUUAUUCUAUCUCUCGUCGGAUAAAUGAUGAUACAGGGGACACUUGGAAACCAAGUUGCAUCUACUAUACGACCUAUAACCCAAUUAGUGAGAAAAAACUAUAUUGCUACAAUAUCGUGGAGAAGAGGUUGGAGUAUCAUCACCUUGGUCAUGUCGCUGAUGUCAACAAAUGUUAUGAUUUCAUAUGGUAUAUGCCUGCUGUUGGCACAAAGUAAGAAAGGAGUUGCAAUGUAUUCUCAGUAGUGGCGCGGAUGAGGUGUCUUUCAAGGGUUAGCUCACUCAUCAGAAAAGGGCCGCUCCUGGUUUUCCUUGUAGAAAAUUGUUGUUCUGCUACAGUUUCUCUCGAUCAUGGAUUCGCAUGGUCUCAUUGAACUGUAAUUUCAUACUUUUUUCUUUGGUCCUUGAUAAUUUUCUUUGUUCUUGAAUGUUAUUCCGUUUCUCAUAAAUCAUCGGUAAUAAACAAUGUAUCUGCGUCUUGACCUUUUUUUUUGGCUGAAUUAUACAAUUGCUGUUUCAUCCUGUUGGAUUUAGUUAUUUGAUAUCCAGCUUCUUGUUUUGAGUACA